AUGAUAUCAACUCCUCGUUACUUAAUAAAGCCAUUGCAUUUUUGCAAGGCUGACAUAUCAUUAAUUUCAGUAAAAUUUUAUCCUAUCCUUGCACAACGUCGUUUUCAUAUUUUCAACAAGCAAGGUUUAAAUAAUUUAAUAUUGAAGACACGAUAUAAUUGUUGUUCUUUCUUUUCGAACAAAAACACAACACCACAACAAACAAAGGAUAAAAAUACUUCUACGAUAAAUACCCUUAAAGAGAGACCCUCAACAACUUCAUCACUUUUAUCUACUUUCCAACACUCUGCAACAAUAUCACUUGCUAAAAAACAAUCUUUAAUUGAACGGAUAAAUAAAUUCAUUAACACGAUCAAGAUUAAAGAUAGACAGCAUAUGCUUAAUGCUGCUUCACAAGUAUUGAAUGAGUUUACAGGGUAUUCCGCAGUCGAAAAAUUGAAAGAAAAGGUGAUCCAACAGGAACAAGAAUUUGUCACCACACGUCAACGCCUCGCUUCCUCCAAAUUAGCAUAUGAGGAAGCAGUUACAAAGAGAUCCGAAACUCAACGCGAAAUUAAUGACCUUCUUCAGCGAAAGCAUCAAUGGUCUAAUGAUGAUGUUGUAAGGUUCACGGAACUUUAUCGAAAUGAACAUUUGAAUGAACAAGCAGAAAGUUUUGCCAAAGAGGAAUUUCGUAAAUGGGAGAAACAAGUUGAAAAGGAAUACUCUGACCUAACUAGAUCUAUAAUGAUGCGUUAUCAUGAGGAGCAAGUCUGGAGCGAUAAAAUCCGUAGUGCGUCAACAUACGGAACAAUUGCUCUUAUGACAAUAAACGUUAUUUUGUUUAUUUGCGUACAAUCCAUUUUUGAGCCUCAUAAAAGACAAAAAUUAGCUGAUAAAUUUGAGGAGUUACUUAUCAAGAAAUCCGAUGAAGAUGAGAAAAAAUUUGAGAUUGGAAUUUUUCGUCCAUUAUAUCAAAGGUUUGAAAAAUUGGACGAAAUGAUAAAUUUUGAGAAACAGAAUGUUUCUGAAGUUGGAAUUGAAACGAAGGAAAGUGACAUGAUCCCUCUUCCACCAGAAAGCACGUCGCAAGAAACUGAACCCCCUAGAAACGAAAUUCUAAUCACUCGUGGUGAAUUGGACAAGAUUGUAAUUUUAUCUACGUUAAUAGGAGCUGGAGCGGGAUGGCUAUUAAGUUUUAUAUUUUCUGAACGCUUCAAUAGAAGAUGA